CGGGAUGCGGCGAUUCCGUUCAAGACGGUUCAGCUAGUAUCGUCCGAAGACAACUCGUUGGGACCGCCACAAUCGCUGGCCUCGAUCCUGUCGUCCUACUCGACAAAGACGCAUUACCUCCACCUCGUCUCGAGCGAUCCACCGAUCGUCAAAUUGAUCGGAAAAAAGGCGCAACAGGAAAAGGUGAUCUUGCAGGAGAAAAAGGCCAAGGCGAAACGAGCUAGGGUCAUGGAGACGAGCGAGGUGCAGAUCACGUGGGAGAGCGCCAAGGGGGACCUGAUGCACAAGAUCGCGCUCGUCCGGAACAUCUUGGAGCGAGGCGACCGGGUGGAGAUUGCCUUCAUACACAAGCCUGCCCAUACAGGCAACCUGUUGGCUGGAGCCGCGCUGAAAAAGGUGCAGGAGACGUUCCCGGCGACGACCAAGUCGGAAUUGGCAGACGUAUCGAAACAGUGGAAGGACGAUCGGAUAGAACCGGCGAUCCGUGUCAUCUACCUCGAACCGACGAAAGAGGUCCGGGAUGAGGUUUUGAGAAAGCUUGACGAGUCGGAAAGCUCAAAGGACAAGCUGAAGGAAGCGAAGAAGAAGGAGAGGCGGGCCAAGGAGCAAGAGAGGAUGCGAAAGGCCAAGGCGAGGGAAGCAGGGGUGUGA